GGCCGGGUUGAGCGGCGAAGGAUGUAAGCAUUCCUGUGGAAUCAUUAUUAUAGUUAGCUAGCAGCAGUCCGGGCCGGAGUGACUGUACGCACAAUUUCAUAUGAACAAAACGUUUACCUAGCUAGCUAAUAGUGUGGACGAGUCGACUUGUGCGUAAAUCUGGGGAUUUUCGCAAUGGAAUGAAAUAGCCAUCUAUUUUUCUCUUUUUGGAUAUGAAAAAGGAUUCUUCCAUUUUUUUCUGAGGAAAAACUCAAUUUAGCCUAUUGAUCCGGUCUUUUGUAUAUUCAAUAUUAGGAAGCAUUGUGCUACAGUCCAAGGGAGACGUGCGAAUUAAUUGCGGUGUUCUGUUGAAUUAAUGUCAUUUCUCUCUCGUUAGUUGGCACGCUCACUGGCUGUGUGUGGCUUCUGGCAAGCGUUAGCUCGGUAGUAGACGGGGGGAAAAAAGAGAUUUUUGAACAAUGCGAAAUCCAGCGACUGCAUUCCCUGGUUCGUGUCAAGAAAUGUAGGAGCUAGGUAGGAGAUCGCUAUCUUGCUAGAUAGCUAACGUUGACGAAUAACCUAGCGCCCCUUAUUGCCGUCCUUUACCUCAAACGUUAUACUGGAUUUCAAGAAAUAUUUGGAUUUACAAUCGGAUAUGAGUGUCUGUAACAAAAAAUCAUUCAACUGCACGAGCAGCGCCACUUAAAGGUCAUCAUAUUUACUGGGCAGAAAAGGGAAAUAAUCUAAAACCAAAGGAUAUACCAUUUUUUCUUUACAUUUCUUGGAUAAUUAGCCAUCUCCGGCUAGCUGACAAUCUACCCAAAAUGGAAUGCGAAGUAUUCACCCCUUUGCUGGAGCAAUUCAUGCUAACGCCGUUGGUUACUUGGGUAAAGACAUUCGGCCAAUCUUUUGGAAAAGGUGGCAACAAACUUUCGGAAUACGUUGACCUAGUGGACGGCAUAUAUUUAAAUGAGAUCAUGCUCCAGAUAAAUCCCAAAGCUACCGUUCAGAGAACCAACAAGAAGGUGAACAAUGACUCCACUCUGCGGAUACAGAACCUCUCCAUUCUGAUUCGCCAGAUCAAGUCCUACUACCAGGAGACUCUGCAGCAGCUGAUCAUGAUGCCACUCCCCAACAUCCUGGUUCUGGGCAGAACCCCUCUGUGCGAGCAAAGUCUGGAGGAGAUGAAGAAGUUGUUGCUGCUUCUGCUCGGAUGUGCGGUCCAGUGCGAGCAGAAGGAAGAGUACAUAGAGAAGAUCCAGGGCCUGGACUUCCACACCAAGGCGGCCAUCGCAGCUCACAUCCAGGAGGUGACACAUAACCAGGAGAAGGUGCUAGACCUGCAGUGGUUGGAGUCAGGCUCGCACGCCCCGGAGGACCUGGCUUCUCUCUCCCGGAGCAUGGCCUUCCACCUCAAACGGCUGGUGGACGAGAGGGACCUGCAGCUGGAGACGAUCGUGGAGCUGACCCAGGAGAGAGACUGCGGCCUGCCCUCUCUCCCGGCGCCCGCCGCCCAGUCCCCCAACGGAUCCCCCAGCAUGCACCGCACCGAGAGCCGCCAGCACCUCUCCGUGGAGCUCGCCGAUGCCAAGGCCAAGAUCCGCCGUCUGAGACAGGAGCUGGAGGAGAAGAGCGAGCAGCUGAUGGACUGCAGGCAGGAGCUGGAGAAUCUGGAGGUGGAGCUGAAGAGGAUCCAGCAGGAGAACAUGCAGCUGCUGUCGGACGCGCGGUCGGCGCGGGCGUACCGUGACGAGCUGGACGCCCUGCGGGAGAAGGCCAUCCGCGUCGACAAGCUGGAGAGCGAAGUGGGGCGCUACAAGGAGCGGCUGCACGACAUCGAGUUCUACAGGGCCCGCGUGGAGGAGCUGAAGGAGGAUAACCAGGUGCUGUUGGAGACCAAGGCCAUGCUGGAGGGCCAGCUGGAGGGCUCGCGGGCGCGCUCAGACAAGCUGCACCAGCUGGAGAAGGAGAGCCUGCAGCUCCAGGCCCGCAUCCACGACAUGGAGAUGGAUCGGGAUGGAGACAGGAAGCGGAUUGAGGAGCUCCAGGAGGAGAACCUGUCUCUGGAGAUGGCUCAGAAGCAGAGCAUGGACGAGUCGCUGCACCUGGGCUGGGAGCUGGAGCAGCUCAGCAAGGCCCCCGAGCUCAGCGAGGCCAUCCCACAGAAGUCCCUGGGGCACGAGGUGAGCGAGCUGACCUCCAGCCGGCUGCUGAAGCUGGAGAAGGAGAACCAGACCCUGCAGCGCACGGUGGAGGAGCUGAGGAGCACCGGGGAGCCCUCAGAGGAGGGAGGCGCGCGCCUCCGCCGGGCCGAGCAGGAGAACCAGAGGCUCACUCAGAGGCUGGAGCAGCUGAACAGCGAGCUGAGCGCAGACAGGCAGACUCUGCGCAGCUCAGAGAGUCUCAGUGCAGACCUGCUGAAGGAGAAGGCCCAGCUGGAGAAAACCCUGAAAACACUGCAGGAGACCUCAGAGAGACAGCUGAAGGUCCUGCGGCAGGAGAACGACGACCUGACGCAGACGGUGUCCUCGCUGCGGCUGCGGUCGGAGGCCAGCGCGGAGGCGCGCGCGCGGGAGGUGGAGCAGGAGAACCGGCGCCUCCACGAGGGGGCGCGGGAGGCGGCCGCGCGGCUCGGCCAGGCCGAGUUCGAGCGGCAGCGGCUGCAGAAGGAGCUGGAGCUCCAGCGGGAGGAGCAGGCCGGGGAGCUGCGCAGGCUGGAGCGCGAGGGCGAGGGCCUGCAGAAGAGGCUCUCCGGCCUGGCCGCCGCCCGCGAGAGGGCGCAGAGCCUGGAGCGCCACAACGCCGAGCUGGAGGCCGAGGCCCGCAGGCUCAGGAAGAGGCUGGACGGCCUGAAGGCCACCCAGCUGCAGCUGGAGGUGCUGGAGAAGGAGAACGGCCAGCUGGAGGAGGAGAACCUGGAGCUGAGGAGGUCCGGGGAGGCGCUGCGGGCGGCCGGGUCCAGGGCGGCCCAGCUGGAGCAGGAGAACCGGGAGCUGGAGGACGAGAGGAGCCAGCUGCGGAAGAGCCUGGAGCUCCUCAAGGCCUCCAGCCGGAAGACGGAGCGCCUGGAGGCCAGCUUCCACGGCCUGGACACGGAGAACCAGCGGCUGCAGAAGGCCCUGGAGAACAGCUCCCGCAAGAUCCAGCAGCUGGAGGACGAGCUGCGGGAGGUGGAGCAGGAGAACCAGGGCCUGCAGCGCAGCCUGGAGGAGCUGAAGAUCUCCAGCAAGCGCCUGGAGCAGCUGGAGCGCGAGGGCCGGGCCCUGGAGCAGGAGAGCGCCCAGCUGGAGAAGGACAAGAAGCAGCUGGAGAAGGAGAACCGCCGGCUGCGGCAGCAGGCUGAGAUCCGGGACGCCUCGCUGGACGAGACCCAGGCCCGGCUCGCCGCCCUGGAGCAGGAGAACCGCGCCCUGGGCAAGGAGGCCGCCGUGUACCGGGACUCCUGCGGGCGGGCGCGCGACCUGGAGAAGGACAACAACGAGCUGCUCAAACAGGCCACCAUGGACAAGAAGACCCUGCUCACCCUGCGGGAGGAUCUGGUGAGUGAGAAGCUGAGGACCCAGCAGAUGAAUAAUGAUCUGGAGAAGCUGAACCAGGAGCUGGAGAAGAUCGGCCUGAACAAGGAGAGACUCCUGGAGGAGGAGCAGAGCUCAGACCACAGGUACCGGCUGCUGGAGGCGAAGCUGGAGUCCACCCUGAAGAAGUCCCUGGAGAUCAAAGAGGAGAAGAUCGCUGCCCUGGAGGCCCGACUGGAGGAGUCAUCCAACCUGAAUCAGCAGCUGCGGCAGGAGCUGAAGACUGUGAAGAAGAACUACGAGGCGCUGCGUCAGCGGGAGGAGGAGGAGCGCAUGGUGCAUAGCACCCCCCCCAGGCCGGGGGAGGAGGUGCAGGGGCCCGGCCGCUGGGAGAGGGAGAGCCAGGAGGCCACCAGGGAGCUGCUGAAGGUCAAAGACCGCCUCAUCGAGGUGGAGAGGAACAACGCCACGCUGCAGGCGGAGAAGCAGGCGCUGCGCUCGCAGCUGAAGCAGCUGGACACGCAGAGCGGGAACCUGCAGGCGCAGAUCCUGGUGCUGCAGAGACAGACGGCCUCCCUGCAGGAGAACAACACCGCCCUGCAGACCCAGAACGCCAAGCUGCAGGUGGAGAGCUCCACGCUGAGCUCCCAGGGAGCCGUGCUGCGGGCGCAGAACGCCCAGCUGCAGAGCCAGCAGUGCAGUGCGGAGAGCGGCAGGGAGGGGGCGCUGCGGGAGCGGGAGGAGCUGCGCUCCGCCCAGGAGCUGCUCCUGCGGGACCACGAGCGGCUGGCGGCGCUGCACGAGCGGCAGGCGGGGGAGUACGAGGCGCUCAUCGCCAAGCACGGCGGCCUCAAGGCCGCCCACAAGAGCCUGGAGCUGGAGCACCGGCAGCUGGAGGACCGGUACAACCAGCUGCUGCAGCAGAAGGCCCAGCUGGAGGACUUGGAGAAGGCCCUGAAGGCCGAGCAGGAGAAGAUGGUUCUGGAAAGCAAGAACCACGAGGCCACCGCCAAACAGCUGCACAGCCUGAAGGACGAGAACGACAAGCUGAACCAGACGUACCGGCAGCUGGUUAAGGACAGCGAGGGGCUGCAGGCGGAGCACCGGGGGCUGAAGGCCCAGCUGAACAGCGGCUCCCUGGAGCACACCCGUCUGGAGGCCCAGUUCUCCAAGCUGAAGGAGCAGUACCAGCAGCUGGACAUCACCUCCACCAAGCUCACCAACCAGUGCGAGCUCCUGAGCCAGCUGAAGGGGAACCUGGAGGAGGAGAACCGGCACCUGCUGGACCAGAUCCAGACCCUGAUGCUGCAGAACCGCACCCUGCUGGAGCAGACCAUGGAGAGCAAGGACCUGUUCCACGUGGAGCAGAGACAGUACAUAGACAAGCUGAACGAGCUCCGGAGGCAGAAGGAGAAGCUGGAGGAGAAGAUCAUGGACCAGUACAAGUUCUACGACCCGUCGCCCCCACGCAGGCGAGGGAACUGGAUCGCGCUGAAGAUGAAGAAGCUGAUCAAGCCGAAGGGCAGGGAACGGCAGCGCUCCCUGACGCUCACGCCCCCCCGCUCCGAGUCCAGCGACGGCUUCCUGGGCCCCGCCUCGCCCCGCCCCGCCCUGCCCGACAGCCAGGACAGCUCCUCCAUGGGGUCCCUGGAGGACUCACUGGGGACCAAGAGGAGCAGCAGGAAGAGAGAGAAGCACAGCCAAUCACAGCGCCCCUCUAACGCGCUGAAGCGUUUGCCCUUCAUGAGGAACAGGUCGAAGGAGAAAGACAAACUGAAGGCUGUCUACCGCCGCUCCAUGUCGAUGAACGACCUGCUGCAGACCAUGGGCCUGGCGGGGGGGCCGUGGGCGGGCAGCACCGAGCUCCUGGACGGGCCCGAGACCCCCGGGGGCGGCCAGCCAAUCCGAGAGCUGGGCUCCAUGGCCUACUCCACCACCGCCAUCAACUACGCCACCCUCCGCCUUCCCAGCAGGCACCGCGGUGCGGCACAGCCCGCCAGCACCAGAGACAACGCGUCCAGUGAGGACGUGGGUCCGACCUCGUCAGACAGCAUCAACGGCCCGAGGAGCCAAGGCACAGUGAACGGCAGCCUCAGUAGGCCCCACAGUGAGAGCAGUGGGGAGUUCAGUCUGAGUCUGGAUAACGAGGCGUGGUCCAGUAGCAGCAGCCCGGUCCAGCAGCCCCCCGCCCAGCGCCCAUCCCACCGGAGCCUGGACCCACCCCUGCCCCAGGCGCCUGGCAACAAGGACCCGGCAGAGUGUGACAGACAGGAGGCUCCUCCAAUGGAGACACAGCGCAGGCCCUCUGACUCGGCGGGGGCGGAGCCUAAAGCGCGCAGCGGUAAAGGCAUCCUGCGCUCGGCCAGCGGGAGGGCCGACCCCGCCCCCGCGCGGAGAGGGGCGGGGCUGAGGAAGACGGAGAGCACGCGGGUGAAGGGCCGGGCCGCCUCAGACUCCUCCUCCUCCUCCUCCACGCUGCCGCGCGCCAGCAGUGUGAUCUCCACGGCCGAGGGCUGCACCCGCCGCACCAGCAUCCACGACUUCCUGUCCAAGGACCCGCGCCCGCCCGUCUCCGUCGACCACGCCCCCGCCGCGCCCAAUGUGGAGGCUGUAAAGUCCCGCAGGCAGUCCCAGAGCAGGACAGGGGAACGCCCCAGCUCCUAAACACAGCCCCCCCCCACCCUCCCCUCGCCCGCAGGAGCGGGUUCCACCGAAAGAAAAGUGACCUUCCAGCUGUCGGUUUGAAGCCUUUUUAUAUCUGGUCUACUGAGAUGGUCUAAGCCAGAAAAAAAGGUGUAUUUUAUUUUAUUUUUAUCGUCAUCAGACUCCUUCGGUAGACAACACUAGACUGCCUGCCUUUCCUUGAAUCAAGGAGAAAUCGCUUCCCUCAUGAAUUGUAUUGUGACAAGUUUACCGUUUUUUUGUGAACAUUUGACUGCCAGUGGCUAAUUGCACUGCCUUGUGGUUUUGACACACCGCUAAUGAGCACACACAACAAACGGGCAUUUCUGUGCCAACAUCCACUCCUGGGGAAACUUGCCAAGCUUUUCACGGACCCAAGAGGACCGGAACACGUCGGACGGAGUCGCUGUCCAACUUCACUCUUCAAACACGCCACGUGCGAAGACCUUUCCCCGGGAACGGCUCCGUCUGUGUUUAUUCACCCGCGGAUCAUUUUAACGACAGAAACGGAGUCUAGACACCCUGCGUGGAGCGGUCAAACCUACGCGCUUCUUCCGCAGAACGGAUGUGGAUCCAAAUUCUCCAUUUUCUCCCCGUGAUGUACCAAAACAUCACGACGGGAUCACUUUUGUAUCGCGUUUUCUGCCAAACGAGGCUCGGACGUGUGGGACACGGACUGCAUGUGGCCGCCGGAGAAGGCGAUCGUGUCGAAUGGUUUUUGUUCCCGAUGCGAAUGACCGAUUGUGUACAGUCCGCUUCCUUUUCCACAGACAUAAACGCAUUUGAUGUGAACCGUGCCAGUGUUUUAUUUGUCUGAUAACCCAUCUCCUCCGCAACACUGCCUGUAAUGACUUAAUUAUAUUUAUUUGAUGAAUCAGCCGUUUUUUUUUUUGUUGUUUUUUUUCAGCAGAUGCUCUUAUCCCGAGGAACUAACUUACCUGACAUUCUUUGAUAUUAAAUCGAGGCGUGAGAGGCUGUGGUAUACGGCCAAUAUCGCCAUGGCUACUGUGUUGCUAGGCACAAGGUGUGUGUGUGAGAGAGAGAGAGUUGUGGUUGGUCGGGUACAUUGGUGAACACUCGUUUGGUGUCGCUUCAGAAAAAGGUCUGGGAGCCCUGGGUUAAGUGUUACUCAAGAGCACAACAGCAGUGCUACAGUGGGGACUCACACCAUCAGCUGUGGAGCCAGUUCACUCCCCACUACACUCCAACUGCCUCCAGCAGACACCCUGAAUCCUGUUAAAGAGAAAACAUCAUAUUCCACAGGAAGUUAAGAAUUGGGAUGUUUGUUGUAAGAAUGAUGAGUUUGCCCCAUCACUCCUUACUCUGUACUACAGAGCUCUGAGAUGAACUAGAUCCAACGAAAGGUCUCUGAAUUCUGCCACUGGUGAAAUCUACAAGCACCAAAGAAGAAGAAGGAGGCUGUUGUAGUCCAGGUUAGAUGUUGGAAAUGGUUUUUUGUUUUUUUUCCUCCAGCUAGUGAAAGCGCCCUUUGUAGGAUGGUCUUACUUCCCCACAGUGCAGGGAGUGUUCUGCUACCAGGGGUUGGCUUUUUAAUCAGGCUUCAUGUGAAAUGCACCAGUGUGUAGAAAACCACUGCAGACACUGCCACCUGCUGGAGAAAGCAGUGAAGCAGCAGCCUCUGUUUCUUUGGAGAGUUCAGUGCUCACCACUUAUCCAUGUACGUAUUUCAACCCUUAGAGACCUAUGCUGAUUUUGCCAUUUUUUCACAAAUGUCAGUUUUUUACAGAUUGCACAGGUUUCUCUGGAUAACUCCCUCAUUUUGUUUACAAGAAGUUUGUCCCUAGCGGGAAAUAUCGCUGACUGAGAAAUGUGUUACCUUGAUCUCCCAAAAUGAAAAAUGUCAGUUCAGGUAUAUCAUCUUGCAUGUGUAGUGACCACAUUGCUUUUUUCUGACGACACUGCAACCAAUUUACUAAACUAAUAAUUAUGUACAAUAAUAAUCACCAGUAUGAAGUGGCUUUGGGUGAGAAAAUUUAGUAGGGUUUUAAUAGGGGCUCAAAGUAGGAGUCAUUUUGAUUGGUUUUAAGUGUAUAAGGUCCAAUAUGAAUUGGGAUUUCACCGUAGUUACGCCUGAGUGCCAAAUGACUCUUGGGACUGGAAGAGUUAAUAAGCACAACAGAUUUGGGCAGAACUGGGGCAGGGCAGAUGCCACACAGGAACCCAACACAGCAGACCUGCUGGAGCUAAUAUUAAAUCUGUAAUAUUGUGGGAGACACCAGAAAUAAGAAUCGUCUUCACUGUGGUUGUGUUGUUACCAUUUACCGAGAACAACGGGAGGUGAAUCAAAAUCAAAUGACUUUGUUGCUUUGCACAAUAAAAGAUAAAAUAAAAACAA